CAGGCUCCCUCCAUUUUGGGCUUGGCAGUCCUCCAGGAAGGUGUCUGUUGAAGGCCUCCUCCCAGAGUUUUAUCCAGGACAAAGACUUGGCUGAAAGUAGACUCCAAAACCAAGGUCCUGAAGCCCCUUCCAAGAGUGCUGGAGGCAGCAGUGACCAAAAAUGAAUACCGACCCUGAAGUUGCUAAGCAGGAGAACGAGGAUCCUGUGAAAAGAUCAGUUCGCAUCAUGGAGAAGCAGAAAAAGCUGGUGGCCAUGGAGCAGGAGAUGAAGGAGGAGCAUCAGCUGAGAGACCAGAAGAAUCCUGAGCAUGAAGUUAAAGUCGAAGGGGGUGCUCCCACCAGGCGGGGCCGUGGUCGCCCUGCCAAGGCCAUCACCCCUGGCAAGAGGGGCCGCCCUGCCAAGGCCAUCACCCCUGGCAAGAGGGGCCGCCCUGCCAAGGCCCGUGCCCCGACCAUGACUGAAGUCUAUUUCCAGAGAGCUGAGAGAAGCCCCAGUGACACUGGCCCUAACGACUACGGAGAUGAUGCGGGUCCCAGCUACAGCACCGACCCCACACCAGGAAGAGGCAAGAAAGGCAAGAAGAUGUAUGACGAGAAGGGCAGGCUGAAUCUGAAUAAAGAAGACCUUUGCGAUUGCCUGGAUGUCGAUUGCCUUGGCUGUUUCUACCCAUGUGCCACCUGCAAUUCUCACAAGUGUGGGUCUGUCUGUCGCCGCAACCGGGACUGGAACUAUGAGGCCAUUGAUGAUGAGGAAGGAGAAGUGGUCAGCACCUUCCCAUUUCCUCAGUAGGAGUCUGGAUUCUCCUGGGGCUCUCCUCAGAGUCCCUGUUCUGCAUAUCUUCUGCAAUAGAAAAUUUAAGGUGCUGACGAAGUUCAAGAACAGAAGAAUGUGUAUUGUUAAAGUUCUAGCAUAUAAAAAAGAAUAAAAAAAAAGUUUG